AAUUUCACAAAAAAAUAAAAAUAAAAAUCCAUAUCAUUAUAUUCAUAUUUAUAUAUAUGUAUAUGAUGAAGAUGAUGAAGCAAUAUUCAACAAUAGAAAUGGGAGAUGUUAAUAAUAAUAAUAAUAAUAAUAAUAAUAAUAAUAAUAAUUUGAUUAUGAUGAAAGCUCUAGUGGUGGAUGAUAAUGUGAUCAACCAAACACUACACAAGAAGCUCUUACAAAAUAUGGGCAUUCAAAACGAGGUCGUUUCAAAUGGUAGAGAAGCCAUUGAUGUUCACUACUUGGGCCACAAAUUUGACCUCAUUCUUAUGGACCUUGAUAUGCCUAUCAUGAAUGGCAUUGAGGCUACAAAAAAACUUAGAGAAAUGGGUAUUGAAAGCACAAUAGCAGGAGUUUCAUCACAUUCUUUAGAGGAAAAUAUAAGAGAGUUUGUGGAAGCUGGUCUUGAUGAUUAUCAACAGAAGCCAUUAACUUUCAACAAGUUACUUUCAAUUCUCCAGAAAGUCAACCAUCAUCCUUGACUUUUUUAUAUAUGUAAUCUCAAUCUCAACUCAAUUUUAACUUCUUUUUUUUUUUUGUUUUACUUUGAAAAAAGAAAAACAAAAUAGUGUCAUUAAUUAUUAUAUGUUAAUUAUUUCAAAGCAAAAAAUAUAUAUAUUGAGCUUUUUCAAUUGUUGAAUGAUUUAUUAUAAAGGCUCGAAUAUUAUUAUAUCAUAUGUAAAAGUUGAUGAAUUUUAUAUAUAUGGACAAGUAAUUUAUGUUUUUUUUUUUAAGAAAAAAAAAGUAAAUUGAUUUAUGUGUAUUUUAUGGCUUAUUUAUUAUUUGUUCGUACAUUUUAAUUAUUUUAUAUUGUAGGAUGCACUUUCUUUAAAUCAAUUUAUAUUUAAACAUAAACUAUUAAAAUUUAUUUUUAUACUAAUAAUGUUAUAUAUAUUUUUUUUUUUUGAGAAAAACUAAUAAUGUUAUAUUUAUUUUUUAACAGAUUCUAUUUAAUUAUAAUGAGUAAUAAUAUUAAUAUAGGUACGUAUGUAUUUUGAAAAUGAGAGUCUAAAAAAUUAGAAGUUUAUAAAAAUAGCAUCAAUUCUAUACGAGAUUUUAAGAAAAUACGAAUCUUAAUUUUUAUUAUUUUUUUAGUGCCACUAUUGAUUAUUUUGGGAAACAAAAGAUUUUAUAUUUGUUGAUUAUCAUAAUUUAUAACUAAAUAUGUAUUUGGGUUAGAUGAUGAUACGAUUUAGAUAGGAAACGAUCAUUUUUCUGAUAUUAUUUGAAUUUUUCAUUGAUAACGGGGAGUUAAAUUUUAAUAUUAUAAUAAUAUGGUAUCAGAGCUAAAAAAAAAUCUAACAAAUAUCUUA